AUGCAAUCAUCCAAUGAUUUCAGGGAUCUAGGGAACAAUGAAUUCACUGGUGAAUUGCCUCCAAGCUUUAAGGAACUGAAGAAAUUGUGGAGUUUUGGUAUUAGAGGGAACAACUUCGCGGGACCAAUACCCAAAUACAUUGCCAACUGGGAAAAUCUUGAACAACUGGGGCUAAUGGGGAACAAUUUUGAAGGACCUCUUCCUACGGGUAUUACAUUAUUAACAAACCUUACCUACCUGGCAGUUAAUGGCUUAACUGCAAGCCCCAGAAGAGGAAAAAGCUUUACACUCCCAGAUGUCACAAAGAUGACCUCUUUGAAUAGCUUGACCCUAAGGAAUUGUUCACUCACUGGUCCAAUUCCGGAUAUUAUCUGGCAGUUACCAUCGCUAUCAUAUUUGUAA